CCGCUGCGACUAUCGACCGCGGCGUGGCGUGCCGACCCGACGCGCCCCACUUAUCGAUCCGCGGCACGGCGCACGCGCCGGAACGUCGCCGCGAAGGGGCGCCAUCGAUUCGACGCCUCGCGCUGCGGUCCGGUCAGUAUCGCGUCGCGACACCCCGCCGACCACACCGACACAUUUCCAGGGAACGAGCAAUGUCAGAGAGGAUGUACUACUGGGGCGCCGAGAGGAGUGCUGACCCCGACGAGACGUUCAUCGAGUUCUCGGCCAAGAGCGACUCUGGAGGCGUCGCAGGUGACGGCGGCAAGGGGGCGGCUGACGGGGCUGCGGACGCCGUGGUGUCCGCCCCCGCGGUGCUGCCCCCGCCGCCGCCGCCUGCGCCGCCUGUGGGGGUGGAGCCGGCUGGCCGCGAGGACGACGCCGACCGCGGCGGCUGGGGGCACAAGCUGGACUUCCUCUUCUCCUGCAUCAGCGUCUCCGUGGGACUCGGCAACGUCUGGAGGUUCCCCUACCUCUGCUACAAGAACGGCGGCGGAGCGUUCCUGGUGACGUACGCGAUCGCCAUGGUGUUCUGCGGUAUGCCCAUCUUCUUCCAGGAGGUGGCCAUCGGGCAGUACCUGGGAGCCGGCGGCAUGACGCUCGUGGGGCAGCUCGUGCCCAUCCUGCAAGGCGUGGGCUACGCGACCAUGACGAUCGUGUUCUUCCUGGACGUGUACUACUGCAUCAUCAUCGCGUGGACGCUGUUCUACCUGAUCGCGACGUUCGUGCAGCUGCCCAGCCUGCCGUGGGAGGACUGCGACAACUGGUGGAAUACGCGCGACUGCAUUACGCCCGGCACGAACGCCACACUAGUGCACAACAGAACCAACCACACCGCCACCCCGGUGGAAGAGUUCUGGGACCGGCGCGUGCUGCAGGUGAGCGCGGGCAUCGACGAGCUGGGCGGCCCUCAGUGGGAGCUGGCCGGCUGCCUGCUCCUCGCCUGGGUCCUCGUCUACCUCAUCAUCUGGCGCGGCCUCCACCAGAGCGGCAAGGUGAUCUGGUUCACGGCGCUGUUCCCGUACGCGGUUCUGGCGGUGCUGGUGGUGCGCGCGGUGACGCUGCGUGGCGCUGCCGACGGCCUGCUGUACUACGUGACACCGCGGUGGGAGGAGCUGGCGUCGCCGGGGCCCUGGAUAGACGGCGCCACGCAGAUCUUCUUCGCCUACAGCAUCGGCACCGGCGCUCUGCCCGCGCUCGGCUCCUACAACAAGUUCCAUCACAACUGCUACAGGGACGCACUCAUCACGUGUGUGGUGAACACACUGACCAGCCUGGUGGCGGGCUGUGUGACCUUCUCCAUCCUGGGCUUCGUGGCAUCCGAGAAGGGCGCCGAGGUGGCCGACGUGGUGCGUAGCGGGCCAGGGCUUGUGUUUCUCACCUACCCAGAGGUCGUGCUGCAGCUGCCCGGGGCACCCGCCUGGGCUGCGGUCUUCUUCUUCAUGCUCGUUACACUGGGCAUCGACAGUGAAUUCUGCAUUGUGGAGAGCUUUGUGACGGGGGUUGUUGACAACUGGCCUGAUACGCUGCGCCCACAUCGCAGACGCUUCACAUUUGGGGUAUGCUGCCUCAUGCUGUUGCUGGGGAUCCCCAUGGUCACACAUGGAGGUGCAUAUGUCUUUCAGCUGAUGGACUUCUAUUCUGCAAGUGGAAUGUCUCUGUUGUGGGUGUGCUUCUUCCAGACAAUUGCUAUAUCCUGGAUAUUUGGCGCUGACAAGUUUUGUGACUGUGUGCAGCAGAUGAUGGGUGUCAGGCCAGGUCGCUUUUGGUAUGCUUGCUGGGUUUUCUGUGCACCACUUGUGAUGCUGGCAAUAUUCUUGUUCUACUUUAUACAAUAUAAACCUGUUACAUAUGGCAAGGACUACACUUAUCCUGUGUGGGCAGAAGUACUGGGUAUUCUCAUCAGCCUUUCAUCUAUGUUGUGGGUGCCUGCUUAUGUCGUAUAUUACCUAGUCACAUCACCAGGGUCUGUUAAGGAGAAUUUAAUACGAGGCCUCAAACCAAAUAUUAAAUCACGCCAAAAGCUGCCUGCAGCCCAGAAGACAGCAGUUAUUCCAAUGUCUGAAAGCAGUGCUGGUUUGCUCACAAAGAACAGUUCAUUUCUUAGCCAACAAUAAAAAUGAACCUAGUUGCUGAAAUGUGGAAAUGAAUAAGUAAGUAACAUGUUUAAAACUCUAAACUCUUAGAGCUAUUAACAUGUGCAAUAAAAGAUAUGGUGAGUGGGAACAUCAGCAUGAAAGUUAUGAGGCAGUGUUUAAGAUACUGUUGUUCAAGAUGAGCAAUCUGAAAGCACAGCAUCUGUGAUUUGAUAAAAUUUACUACCAUAAAUAUUUGUCAUGAACUAUUACUAAAACACAAUGAAUUUUAAUCACAGAGCAAACACACAUCAGGUAAAAGAAUUUGGUUUUUUUAAAUUAUUGUUAUGAAAUUGUAUGUUCAAUAAUAUUUAUGAUUUGUUCUGUAAAUAUCAGUCUGUGAAAUACUCAUGUAUUUCAGAUCACUGCUUUAAAUAGCAGUUAAUGAUAGUUUUGAGAUGCAGCUGUUUAAAACAUUUCUUAAAUGGGCAGUUUAUUUCUAAAGAGAACAAAACGUAUGUGAUUGGACUCAAUAGCAUAAUAAGUAUUGAAAUUCAGUUGAGAAUGUGACAAAGCAAGAGCUUAAAUGAAUAAAAAUUUUCUGUUGUAUUUUAACCUCUGGUGUGCUCAUCAGCAACCACAGACAUGUCAAAACAAACAUAAACCUCAGUUCUUACCUUAACCCAUAUGCGACAUACUGAAGUGAACUCUCAGCUACAUGUUUUCCUUAUAUAAUAAUAUGUUAAAUUACACAUUUUAGGUAUAAACUGUGUGAAAUUCUUUUCAAGUGUCAUCAGCAGCAGAUUUCAGUUACUACAAAAAAUAAAGUGAAAAUGAAAUCCUGCAAGAGAUUACCAAUGUUUGCCAAUGAGUUGUCAUUUAAUAUUUCAAACAUAAAGGCAGUAAAUCAUUUCCAUAAGUUUCAACUGGAAUAGUUUCCAAAUUUUUCACUUAUAAUGGUUCCAUCUGUGCAAAUGAAGAAUAUGAUUUCUCCACAAAAUGAUACUGCUCUAAAGUUUUUCUGUGACAGACUGAAGCUAUCAAGACCUCAUUCAGUGUAUAGGGAGAUAAGUCCAAACUGUUGCCUAAAAUUUUCCAUUAGACACAGGCAGUACCAAAGCUUGAACAUGAUAACAGUGUCAUUUGAUUCUAAUUUUAAACACUAUGAUAACUAAGGGGGGAAAAUGUACCUCACAACAGUGAACAAAACAUUAAAUGAUGAAUUAUUUGUAUCAAAAUAAUAAAGAAAGGCCAUAGAGACACUUGCAUCCACUAUGUUUCUAGCACUGAUGUUAUGUGAAAAGAAUAAAUGCAAAUGUAAUUUUCAUGUCAAUAAUGCAAAAAUUGAGAUCCAAAUGUAGAAAGACAAACCACAGAAAAUUGAGUGUAUGCUCAUGCUUGCUGGGUACGUAGAUUGGGGAAAGCAUAAAGAUCUGUGAACUGUUGAUGUUUUUAUAUAUUAAUUGAUCUAAUUUGUACAAAAAUUAAUUUAUGAACUUUACUUUGCCAAGAACUACCAGAAAAUUUUUCCAUCACUUUCUUUGUGAAACUUCUUUACAUCACACAGUCUAGUCUGUGUAAAUGAUGUUUUCACACAAUGUUUCAAUUACAAUCUCAUAAUACUUCCAGGCCUCUACCAACACCUUGUCAAACUUUGUCACUUUUUUAUGUUGAUUAAUUUUAUACUAAAUUAGAUUUCUGGUAUCUGUCUUUAUUUGUAGUUAUCAAUAGACUGAAACAAAUUUGAGCAACUGAGACCAUUAGUUUUGGACUGAUGACCCUGUAGUUUUGUCCCUUUCUCUCCAAAUCAAUCAACCACUAGCUACAAUUGCAAAAAAGAGGAAAAGAAAUUCACAGUUUAUUUUCACAUCCUUUGUUAUAAUGAAAUUGAAGUGCCUCCAUAUAGUGGUGUAAAGUUUCAGUUGUGCACAGGUAGUUGUUUAAUGUCACUAUCUCAAGAAAGUUUACGACACAUUACAUGCAUUUGACAUUUUCAAUCAGUUUCAGUUAAAAUCGAUGUUAUGUAAAUUGAAUAUUCUGUAUUAAAUGAACUACUUGUACCUAAUUAUCCCUUUUGAAAUUAAAAAUAAAAUAAUUAAUCUUCCUAGCCAUGUAAGUGAAGUUCUUAGUGACUGUUUCUGGAUUACUGCAGUCAGUGACAAAUAAUGCCCUUCUAAAAGAUGCGCCACAUGAAAUAAAUUUAGAUCUGGGACUAAUUGUUGUGAUAAGCUAAUUAAUUAUUUGAUGUAUGUGUAUAUAACUGAUACUGUUACUGAUAAGAGACCUUUAUAUUUCUUACAACAUUACAUUUCACAGCGUAACUUAUACACUAUUCAUAAAACAUGAGAAUAUGAAUGAAGAAGAUCAUGUAUAACAAGUGUUUCUUGACAUCUGCCUACCAGUAUGUGAAUUUAACAAUAUAUGUUAAUGGGAUCUUUAACAGAAAUAAAUGCAAUAAGGGAAAGGAUGUGAGAGAUGCAAAAGAAGGGACAAUCAUUACAUUCCUAGCAUUUGUUCCCUUGCUGUCAGAAAUAUGAUAGGAAACUGGAAAGGAAAUCAGGGUGCACAUUUUGUAAGGAGAAAAGUUACUCCAGGCUUUAAUCAUGGAAGACAAAGUGCAGGAAAGAACUAAGAAGUAAUAAUCUUCUGAUUUCAUUCCUGCAUUGUGUCAUGUCUGAUUCUUUGUUCAGGGAAAACUUCUGUUUCUCGCUAGCAGAUGUAAUCAGUUCGUUUCUGAACCUUUGUCUUUUUGUUAGUGUGUCCACUUUGUUGAUACUGUUUUACUAACAAUUAAGAAAGUGCUGUUAAGCUUAGUGUUUGGGUCUCAUAACUUGAAGUUAGUAUGCAACACAAUGAGUAAGUAACAGUUACAUUUAUUUCCAUAGUCAGUAGUUAUUUCAGUUUUGCAUGAAUGAUGUCCUAUAAAACAUGACUUACAGCUGACAACCAAACUUAUUAAUGAAAGUCAUGGUAUAAAAAUAAAUAACAAUUAAUAUUAUAAUAAUAUUGUAAGUACUUUGCCAUAUUUUAUUUAUGGUACUUGUAGGGAAAAUGCAUCAGGAACUAAUGUCUUAUUGUGUUUUUUGUCCAUCAGGUUAAUUUCUAUAAGUUCUCAUAGAGUCAGUACAGCAGACACUAAGAUCAUUUUCCUUACAAAUAUCAAAGAGAUAGGCAGCUGGUUAAGAAUAUGUUAUUUAAUAAAAGCCAUGAUUUAAAAACAAACACAUGUUUAAUUAUCUACCUACUGUUACAUCUAAUGUUCAGAAACCUCCAGAGUUGCCAGUUAUGAGUGAAAGAAGGGUUUUUUUUUCAUACGCUUGUUAAUAUCAAAUUAUAUUGAGAACAUGUAAGAGAAUAAUACAACUAAGUAUGAACUUGUUGAAAUGAAUUGCACAAGAAAUGCAGUAUGUGGUUAUCAGACCUGAAAUAAUUAUUCAGCUUCUGUACUGGUAAAGGAUAGAUCCACAGUUGUGUAAUAAAUCAGCAAAACAUUUGUUGUAAAAAAAAGCAUCAGAGCAUCAGGUUUUGAUAUUUUAUUUGAGAUGUUUGUUCUUCAAGUUUGUGAAUAUCUGUUGAGAUAUUUUCAUGAAUAAAACGGCAUAUUAUUAAAUAUUUUAGGUACAAGAAACUGUAUUUGGUGAUUUUCAUGUAUGUUAUGUGACUAUCUUCUAUUUUAAAUAGGAGUACAGGCAGAAGGUAUGUAAAUAAUGCUAAUGAUUUUUUGUGAGAGUGUUGCUAAUGCUGGGAGUAGAUGAUAAUUGACAUAGUUACUCCUGUGAAAAUGGAUACAGGAUAUGUUGCUAUUACAACCAUUAGUUAUGUCACACAAUCUGAUGUUAUUAGAGAUUACCAAAUAGUUAAUACCAAAUAGUACACUUAUAAAUCAGUAAUUUUCAUUUUUAUAUUCUUACUGUCCAGUUUCACAUAUGUGUGCUGCAUGUCAAUGCACUGUAAGAGUCAUAUUCAGUUGAAAACAUUUUAAUAACUUUAUGCUAAACUGAUAUGUACUACCAAAUUCGUGAAAGUAACAUGUUGCUUCAUAAAACUAUGUCAAACUUAAUGAUUGGUAGAACUUGAGUCUAACAAAGAAGAACUUAAUUAUAGUAUGUGUUUGCCUGUUUGAUGUAAAAUGCUUACUGAAACUUGUUAUUUCCAACAAUUAAAAAAUCUAAGUACUGUUACAGUGCCAUAUUUACACCUGUGUAUAAUCUGCAUACCUUUCUUUAGCAGAUUUAACUAGCUUCAGUCAGCUGAAUGCUGUAGUGUGCAGUUAAGGAAAUGUAGGCUGAUGAGAAGUGAAAACAUGUUACUCUUCUCUAGUAAUUUUUUCUACUGUAUCUGUUUUUCUUUAUGACUGAGCACCAAGUCCUCAGUUUACAUCAUUCAUUGCUCUAAAUUAUGGAUUUCCCUUUUGUUCUUCCUUAAACACUCUGGCAGCUAUUGAUUCACUGUGUAUCUCUUAUAAAAGGCCUCUUACAAAUAUCUUUUGCAGUAGUUCACAGAUUAAAUACUGUACUAUCUUUGACAGUCACCAUUUUUUUCCAUAUCAGAUAUCUUGAUUUCAGUCUUAAAUGAGGAAAUAUAUUUUCUUUAUCCUACUUUUUUGUAUCCUUUCCCUUCUUUUAGCAUACCAGGUUUCUUUUUCUAUAAAAAAAGAGGUGCUUAAUGUUUCUAUUGCUGUGUGAGAAUAUGAGUUUAUGGGAUGUCAUUGCCCUUAUUGUUAGAGAGAAAAUGGCUGAGAGUUACAUCUGAAUGCACUGGGUUAGUAAUUACUCUCUUUCAUUUCUCUAUUAUAAACAUCUGUUCUAUACUUAUUGCUCAGAUAAAGUAUUAUAAAUAAUGAUUUGCUCAAGCUGCUCUACAAGAAGACAAAAAUCAUAGCAUGAAGUAUUCUCUUAUCUUUCUUUAUCUCCACUCAUAACAGAGGAAUAUCACUGUUAGUGAAUGCCACUAUUAUUUAAGCAAAAGGCCAAAUUUCAGCCAUUGUCAUGUUAACUCCUGAAACAAAAGGAUUUGCUAACUAAUUCAUUGCUUUAAUGCAGUAUUAAUUAUGACAGUUGAUUUAAGAAAAUGAUAUUAUAUCAUAUAUACUAUAAUUUUAGAAUUAAAGAACUAUUGUGACAGAUGCCACCAAUUAACAUUUACUAACAAAUGCAGUAUUAUUGAAGUAUUAUCAUAAUUGUUGUAAAUCUUUUUUGAAGAUUAGUUACGUGUGUGGCAAAUAACAUUUAAUUACUUUUGUGUCACUUUUAACUCAACUAGAAAAAGUGCUAUGAAAGUCUUCCUUUAGUUUGCUACUAUAACUUUUCUCAAAGAGUUCUGAAGAAUUAUUAAAUGUUGCUGUAAGGAAAUAAAUUUUUAGUUUGGAAAUAAAAUAUUUAUACACCAGAAACAUGUUAACUAGAAGGAUUUCUACUGUAACAUUUGUUUACUGUAUAUGAGUUUGUCUGUAGCAUGUAGAAAUUAUGUUAAUGGAACAAGAAAAUAAUAAAGGAGUUAGUGGCUGGCUCAUUAACUCCAUUUAGACAUUAGUCUUAGUCUAGAGUAAAAGACCAUUUCAAGUGUACAUAAGUAAAACAGAAAAGAAUUCUGGUUGAGUAAUAAAUGUUGCAAUGUUUAGGUCAAACAGGAACUUUUCUACUAAAUUUUUGCUGUAUGUACAAAGAAAAUAAAACAAGAAGAUAGUUCCUUAUUGGCCUGACAAAUCUGGAAAAUGUAGACACCACAAUGAAAAUAUGUCUACUGAUUAUGUAAGGAGCUUCUUUAUGUAGCAAAAAUAUAGGCAUUUAUAAGAGCAUUUUCCUCUGGAGAAAUGUCUAUAAUGAGGGAAGGAGACUUAUGUAUUUGAUAGUGAGUAUGCUUUACAAUUAUGUUGCCCUAACUCUUCUACAAAAGGAGUUUCUGCGUUUUCCAGGCAGUAUUUACAAAGAGAAAAAGUGUGUGCAGCUUCCUGUAUUUUAGGUAUUGUGUGUCUGAGCUUAUGAUGUGCCAUGAUUCAAAUUAACAUUGAUGAAAUUACAUUUUAUAUGGAAAAAAUUGUCAGUGUUGUGUUUGAAAUAUAAUGAUAUUAAACUGCUAUUAGCUGAUACUGUA